UGCAAGCGGGGACCAGGACUCACCUACCAUUUCGUUCGGCGGGCUUCUUUUUCGCCAAUGAGAUUUUCCAUUUGGCCAACGGCGUUUUGAUUUGGGCCAACAGCAUUUUAUUUCGCUAAUGGCCCCUUUUUCCGCUAACGGCAUUUUCACUUGGUCAAUGGCUCUCUUUUUCACUAACGGCGUUACUAAUUUGCUUGCAGCAAUUUAUUUCGUCAACGGCAUCGUCACUUGGGCAACGGCCCCUCCCUCAUUUGGUCAACGACAUCAUUAUUUCGCUUACAGUUUUUUUUAUAAAACCUCAAAGUCCCACUGCGUCCAGCGAGGUCCCUGGGAAUUGAAACCCAACGGGACUUGGUCAAUUUUUGAGCCAAUUAUCUUGCUCAAAGGGAAUAAAUAAGUCACUCGAAGUCCACCAGCGUAAAGAAAGCAGUCCAUACUGCAUUACAACGAGCGGAAGCUAAUCUUGUUGAAGGGGUUGCUCUUGAAAACUACCUUCACC